AUGCUCAUGCCAUUGCCUGGAGAUUAUACUCCGCACUCACUCACGCUACCAUUGCCUCCCGCACUGGGUGGGCAGGAGGACGCGGUGCUGCUGCGCCACGCGCUGCAGUGCGGCACGAAGCAGUGGGGCGAGCUGGGGAGGAGCGGUCAGCUCAAGAGGAACAACAAGUCGUGCUGUAACCGUUACAUCUUCCUCCGGAGGAAGUUCACAGACCGCUUUCGCCAAAACUUCCUGCAAAAGCACCUGGGAGCUGCUGCACAACCCCAGAAUAUUACGUUCAACCGACACAGUCAGCCACUGCUCUGCCAGGAUGUAAAGCACCAGCAGCAGCAGCAGCGCUCGGAGGGCGUGGGAGCAGCAGCCCUAGCGUUCGGAGGGCUGUCGUAUGAGGAGUGCGUGACGGCGUUCCUCGCCCCCCACGCUCGCUGCUGCCUCCCACCCGCCCCCCCCAACCUCUCAUCCCUCGCCACCCCUCCUCCUGCUUCCCAGGCUCCUCCUGCUGUUUCCCAAGGCGCCACCUUCUCUGCUGUGGCUGAUUGUACCUACGAGUUUCCCUUCGCCCAGGAUGCUUUUCCCGUUGCUGCUUCCUCUAACACCGCAGCUCUGUGUCGGGCAGUGAAGCGACCAAGAGACGAUUGCCCUGAGGUGGGGGCACAAAAACCGCUGCUGGGACGCAACAGCCAGUUGCUGCAAGGUGGGGUGGUGCGAGGCGGGACGGUGCGAGGAGGGAUGGUGCAAGGUGGAAUGGUGUGUGGCACGGAAAGCCGGCAUCAGUCGGUGGCAGAGCAGUUCCAGCAGCAGGGGGCGAGCAGCUGCGUGCAGGCAGGUGAAGCAGCCCUUCUGGAGGCUCUGCUGCAGGAGGAGCAUCGGCAGCUGCAGCAGGGAGGAGCGAAGAGCAGGGUGCAGCAGGUGGACCGGCCCCGCGUUGGGUCGGAGAGUGCCCUUCCAGACGACGUGCUGCUGGGAUUCAGCAGCGACGAACCUGCCUUCACGCAACGUGCUCCUCCGUCCACCCAGCCACUAGCAGCGCUGCCAGCGCCAAUGGCCUCCCCACUCGCUGCUCUGCAUGGCUCCGCGCUCUGCAUUGGGGAUUCCACCUCCUGCUGUGGGGAUGCAGCUCGGUGCAUUGGGGAUUUCGCAGUGCAUUCAAUGGACCGGCCCCGCGUUGGGUCGGAGAGUGCUCUUCCAGACGACGUGCUGCUGGGGUGCAGCAGCGACGGACCUGCCUUCAUGCAACGCGCUGCUCUCUCUGCUCCUCCACCCACCCAGCAACACGCAGUACUGCCAGCGCCGAUGGCCCCCGUCCUCGCUGCUCUGCUUGGCUCCGCUGCUUGCAGCACGAGCAGCUGCAUCACAGGGUCGCUUGCUGGGAGUACGUGUGGCAGAGAGGAGCAGGAAUACAUGGACACAUGCGUCAACAUGCUUGGCAACAAAUACAACACCGACAACUGA